AUGACUUCUGAGCAGGCCGCACCCCGUCACGUCCCAGAUGAAACGCCGCAUGCGACUGCAGCGGAGCGGCGGCCUUGGUUUCCCCCAGAAAUAAUCGACGCCAUCAUCGACCAGAUCGAUAAUCAUGUCGACCUCCUGUCCAUGGCUUGUCUCGGUCGCCAGUACACUGAAUACUCGCUGAGCGCAUACUACGAGCGGCACUUUCAAUCUCACGGCUUGCCCUGGAUUUCUCGGCUUCUCUGGCCCGCGGUUCACUACGACGACCCCAUGAAAGACGAGCCCAGCCCAGAGGCAGAAGCGCACGCCCUCCGAAUGAUGAAGCGGGCAGCACCUUUCUGCAAGCCAAACGAUAUGAAAUACCACCCACCACCGACCGCCUCCGAUCUCAGCUACCUGUAUUUCCACUGGAAAGGCGGCAUCGGGACCGGCUACUUCUACGGCGAGUACCCAAUCCUGCACCUCGCAGCAUACUCGGGGCUCUACGACAUUGUCGAGCACUUGGUCAAGAACGGGGCCGACAUCAACGCGACUCCGCUACAGUAUCCGAGCGAGGAAGAUGUCCCCUUGGAGCAUCUGACGCCUCUUUUCAUGGCUUCGCACAGCGGCUCGUCGGAAUGCGCGCGACUUUUGUUGGACUACGGCGCUCGGGUCGACAUGAGCUGGGCGGCGGCCCUCGGAAGCGGGAAUGCAGACCUGGUGCAGCUCAUGAUUGACAGGAACCCCGCGCUGGUCCACGAAGACAUUGAAGUUCAUCGUCUCACGAUGAAUCCCUUUAGCGCUGCAGUGGAUUUCCAUAACGGCGACCCGCUCCCCGUCAUCAAGACUCUGCUGCUCAACGGCGCGGACACGACGUACAUGAAUGCCUUUAGCCGCAAUGUGCAUGAAGAAUCUGGAUACAUCCAUCGCCUGCAGAAAUACAUCGAGAAAUUCCGUGCGGCGAGAGAGCAGGAGGGAAACGCCACAUCCGCAUCGUUGAUCCUUUAA